AUGGGCUCGCCGUAUAUGUUAUGGCAAUAUGUCCAAAUGAUGACGCCUUUCAAACAUGCAGACUGCAAUAUCCAUCCAGCGUUUACUCAUAUGUCUCCACAUGCGAUCCAAUCCAUGGCUUAUAUCCAGGAUCAAUGUGUGAACAACGUCAACUAUAACGUCCAUCAGCCUCAGUAUCAACAUCAUCCACAGAAUCAGCACGAUGUAAACAACCCUCUGCUGUAUAAUGGAUAUUCAAGUAACUCCGACUACUUGCCACCCAGUGAGAAUCUAACCACCAACAAACCAGCGAAGACCCAUCCAGCUAAACCUAAUCAUAAACCAAAGCUCUGUCAUGUAGCUAAACCAGUAGACACUUUGCAAGUCCCCGUGUGUACAUCCUCAAAGAAGAAGUCUUCGUUUACUAUAGAAGAGAUCUUAAGAAAAGGAGAUGACAGAAAAUAUCGAGUAGAAUCUUCUCCCCUCCCGACUAUAGAAACUGAUCAUGACAAACACAUAUUUGACUCAAACACUAGCCCAGUUAUAUCUGCAGCUUCAACGCCACGAAAAAUUGACUUAGGUUCUCCAUUAAAUGGGCACUACAACAUCCAACCGCCUCUUAUGCACAGUACACCGACAUCGUACCAUCAUCAAGGCCCCCCGAGAAGACACGGUCGCUUUCUGAACGUGGCUCACUCACAUCCUUACUUCAUGCAACAGUAUGAUGGCGUCGAUAACCACCACCACCAUAUUCCUCAGUCGUUCCAGUCUCAUCCCUGCAUAUUACCAUCAUCCCAGGGGACGCCGUCCUCUUCACUGGCGUCUUCAUCGGGCUCUUCAUCGGCGCCAUCUUCAACCUGUUCAGUUUUUAAUCUUAUGACUGAACAUGUCUGGUUCUGCCUUACAGAAAAACAGGAGAAAAGAGCCGGAGGGAAGUCAAAGAGAAACAGAACAAUAUUCACACCAGAACAGUUGGACAGACUGGAACAAGAAUUUGAGCGACAGCAAUACAUGGUGGGCACAGAAAGAUUCUUCCUAGCUUCAUCACUCAGUCUAACUGAAGCCCAAGUCAAAGUCUGGUUCCAGAACAGAAGAAUCAAAUGGCGAAAGCAGCAUCUGGAGCAGCAACAGGCGCGUCUGGCGAAAGGAGAUCUUUUCAGAGACUUAGACGAGGAGUCAGGUGAUUCCGACAUAGAGGAAGGUCCGAGAGCUACUCACCUAGACUCGCGCGAAAGCAGUUCUCCCGCAGACAGUUCAGAGUGA